GCCGUUCAAUAGGAUCUCUGCAGAAUGACAACCUCGAAGGUCCACGCCCAGCGCAGCAAGAAGCUGCACCAGCUGUCCGCCAAGACAAGCCGGGUGAACCGCAACCGCAAGGCACCCCGCCUGUACAUGAAGGGCACGCUGGCGGGCUACACACGCGGCCUGUACGGACAGACGAAGAAGACGGCUCUCGUGCGCGUUGAGAACGUGAACACCCGCGAGGACGCCAAGUGGUACGUCGGCAAGCGCAUCUGCUACGUCUACCACGGCAAGAAGGUCAAGCGCUGUGUCCGCUGGAGCAAGGCGCCGGCCCGCCGCAGCACCGCCCGCGCGCUGUGGGGCCGCGUGACCCGCCCGCACGGUAACGCCGGUAUGGUGCGUGUGAAGUUCAACGGCGCCUCGGUACCGGCUUCCGCCAUCGGCCGCCGCAUCCGCGUAUACUUGUACCCGAGCCAGAUCUAA